AUGGCUUCAACACCUAUGGACCUCGAUCAUCGCGAGUCGACUCCAGCCAACGGAACCUCGCUCAACAUCACGCGCUCCCUAGCAACCAACAACACCACACAACUGAGCGAGGUCAUUUCAUCGUUUCGCCCAACAAAGCUAUUCAAGAGAGACGAUAUCAAAGACGGUCGCCCGCAGCCCCACGUGCUAUCCCUCGACUUCGACGACCCUGGCGAGCUUCUCAUGACCUCUGAAAGCGACGAGACUAUUCAAAUCUACAACGUCAAGGAAGGUCGGCAUGACAAGAGUUUACUCAGUAAGAAGUAUGGAGUCAAGCUGGCGCGCUUCACGCACACCAGCUCCAGCAUCAUCUACGCGAGUACGAAACAGAACGACCAGAUUCGGUACCUAGCGACGCACGACAACUCCUUUAUCCGAUACUUUGAGGGCCACGAACGGAGUGUCACAGAUAUUGCCAUUCACCCGGGAGCCGAUAACUUCAUCUCCUGCAGUGAAGACAAUACUGUGCGCCUUUGGAACAUCUCGACGAAGCAGUGGUGCGGUCAGCUGAUGCUCAAUUCCCCGUACCUCGCCGCGUACGAUCCCUCGGGUCAGAUUUUUGCAGUAGCCUCCCCAAGCAGCGGCAGCGUCUUGUUGUACGACUGUCGCAAUUAUGAUAAGGCGCCGUUCGCGACCUUUGAUCUCGUCGAAGUUGGACGGCAUGUAGACCCCCAAUUCAUCGUCAGGGGAUGGACGAAGCUGGAGUUCUCAAACGAUGGGAAGCAUAUCCUCGUCGGCACACGUGGCAGCGGCCACUUCCUGCUGGACGCCUUCGACGGAAGUCUGAAGGCGUAUCUGCGCAAGCCCGAGGGCGGAACCCGGCGCUUGGCUGCGGGCGAGACUGUCACCGCCGUUAACGGGAUGCCGAGGAUAGAGCAGCCGACGGUGGAGAGCAGCGGAGAGUGCUGCUUCUCCGUGGACGGCCGUUACGUUCUGAGUGGUUCCAAGAAGGACGUGCUUGUUUGGGACAUUUUGACUGCGCCGCAAAACGACACGAAGACUCUCAACCCAUCCUGGACGUUGGAGGACAAGCGGGAAGCGGCGGUGCUGGCCUUCAAUCCGCGCUACAACUUCUUUGCGACUGCCGACCAGGAAGUCCUAUUCUGGGUACCUGACCCUCAUGCUUGA